AUUCUUCGGAUUGUCCCUCGUGUUCACUCUCAGGGGCUCGUCCCUCUUACUUUUUUUUUAUUAACAAGGAAGAGAUAAAGUUUCGUUUCAUUGUAUAGUUUUACACUUUAUUGAAUUGUAUUUCAGGUGAGACGUUUCUCAAUAGUUCAGGUGCAAUGUGGUUGUGAUUCAAAAUCCUGGACUGUAGUGGGUACAUAAUUUUUCUACCUGUUUUAGACUCAAGUCAAGACUAAAAUCAAACACCUUUUAGAAGACCAUUUAUUUCACCAGACACCGUGCCAAACUGUUGAAAGCUAAUAUUUGUUCAUAUUUAUAUACAUUCCUCAACUGAACCGCACUGGUGUUAACUCUCAACAUCAGCAUGGCCCCGUGUAGUUUUAUGAUGAAGGCCUUCCUCCCCUGCGUUGCCUUUGUGUUUUUAACAUUGGUUCAGCAAGACUCUGUGGACGCUGUAGCUUUGAACUUAUUUUACCCGUUCGGCCCCGAGGUAAGCGACAGUACGCUGAGACCGGGCGAUGACAUCAGCUCUCCGGAGAUCGACCUCGACGAAGACAUCGUUUUCUACAAUAAGUCCUACAGGAGCCUAUACAUCAAUGUCAACGGUCACGUAUCGUUCGAGAGCGAGGUUCCCGCUUACCGGGCCGAUAUCCCACUGCCGCAUGGGCUGCACAUCAUUGCUGUUUUCCUCGCCGACAUCGACACCACUGCUUCUGGGAGAAUUUAUUACAGGUCAACUUCAGAAGAGGCGAUUCUUCAGCGGGCGGCUGCAGACAUCCAGACAUACUUCUCCGGCUUCGAGUCCUUCAUGCCGACGUCGCUGUUUAUCGCUACUUGGGACAGAGUUGGCUACUAUAUGGAAGGCUCCGAUAGGGUAAAUACGUUCCAGCUUGUGGUGGCGUCUGACGGAACCAACUCCUUCACCAUCUUCCACUACCUGGACGACGGCAUCCAGUGGAUGGCAUCCAGAGGGAAGUACGCCCCGACUGAGCCUGAUAUCCCACCACAGGCUGGAUUUGAGAACGGGAAAGGUGGACUCGCGUACCCUUUGCCCGGAUCUGGACUUACAGGAACCUUCAGCGACGGCUCAAACGUGAAUGUGGCUGGCGUCUGGAUGUACCAGAUUGGAAACUUGGGGACAGGCAACGUCCGACCGGCUGACCUCAACACUGCCCAAGUGACGCUGUUUGACAUCGGAGCUCCCCAGCAGGACUCUUGCUUCCAGUCAGCCAGCACUUGCAGCGCCAACGCCCAGUGCAUAGACAAUGACAACGGCUUUUGCUGUGCCUGUCUGCCGCCUUACUACGGCAAUGGUCUCAGCUGUUUGGAACCGGGAGUUGCCCAGAAGGUCAACGGUCCAGUGAACGGUACCCUGAACGGUGUCCGUCUGGAUGAUGGUCUCUCCAUGCAUACUUACGUCGUGACCACUGACGGCCGCACGUACAGCGCCAUCGCCCGCAUCCCACAGAACAUCGGCACUGCUAUGCUCACCCUCAACUCCAUCGGAGGCAUAAUCGGAUGGCUGUUUGCUGCGCCGCUCAACCCCCAGGCCAAGAAUGGAUAUCACUUCACCGGUGGCAAGUUCAACCGCACUGCCAAGAUCACGUUCCAGUUUGCUGACAGGGCCGAUCUUGUGGUCCGUCUUUACCAGAGGUUCAGGGGACACGACUCUCUGAAUAACAUUCGCAUGGACACAUAUCUAGAGGGUGAUCUCCCCGACAUCCCUCCCGGCUCCGUUGUGUCUAUUGAUGAUUACAAUGAGAACUACAAGAGAACAGCACCAGGCGUGGUCAAGUCGUUCGUGGCCCGCACGUACCGUGUCAAUGACGUGGCCUACCGCUACACCUGGGACAACACCAUCAGCUAUGAGGAGUGCGACGACGGCCAGCCCAGAACGGCCAGUGACGUCAUGAGACUGCGUGUGUCCAGGCACUACGUCAAGCUAAACCCUAGUGACCAGGUGGUCCGCUUUGCCAUGACCUCCAAAGUUGGUGUGUUUGCAGGUUCUGAUCCUUGUUACAAUGCCGCCCAAAAGUGUUCUGCCCAAGCCGAGUGCGUGCCAAACGGCGAGAGCUACCAGUGUGUCUGCAGGUCUGGUUACCGUGGCGACGGAUCGACGUGUCAAGACGUGGACGAAUGUCAAGAGAGCCCUUGCGAUGAGAACGCCCUGUGCUACAACGUUGAGGGAUCAUUCCAGUGUCAGUGUCAGUCUGGAUUCUCCGGGGACGGACGCACCUGUAGACAGGAUGUCCAAGCGUGUGGUCAGCAGAUCUGCUCCAGCAAUGCCCGCUGUAUCUUCCUGAACGAGACCAGUCAACCCCGCUGUCAGUGCAAUGUUGGCUUCAGAGGAGACGGCGUCCGUUGUGCUCCUAUUGAGUACAGCUGUAACGAGGCGGACAUCUGUGGCGAGAACGCCCAAUGCGUGUAUGAUGAAGACCUACGAGAGUACGUGUGCGAGUGUGUCGAUGAGUUCAGUGGGGACGGCUUCUCCUGCGAACAGGCUGACCAGGGCUGUGGCAACUGUGACCGUUUUGCUCAGUGUAUCUUGGACAUCUCAACUAACCGCUACAAAUGCCAGUGUAACCCAGGCUACUCGGGAGAUGGGGCCACCUGUUCUCUCAUUGACACCUGCGCCGACUGCGACCGUAACGCCCGCUGCCUUUUCAACGACGCCACCAGCGACUACGAGUGCGUGUGCGUGCGUGGCUAUGCUGGAGACGGGAACACCUGUACUCUGAGAGACUGCAGGGAUGACCCUGGCAUGUGCGACCAGGAAGGCGGCCUCUGCUGGCUGGACGAGUCCAGAGAUGUCGGCAUCUGCAGGUGUAACUACGGCUACAGAGGUGACGGGUUCCGGUGCGAGAAGACCAACUGUGACGUGUACAACGACUGUGAUGCCAACGCUAAGUGCGUGCCGGACGGUGAUUCCUUCCGUUGUCAAUGUAACGAGGGAUACAUCGGCUCAGGGAAGAGGUGCAGAGUUGCCACCACCGGUGGCUGCGAGGAGCUCAACGACUGUGACGCCAACGCCCGCUGCCUGCAGGACCCACGUGACGAGACCCGGUACAUGUGCCGCUGUAACCCGGGCUUCCAGGGAGACGGCAAGAUCUGCCAGAGAAGAGUGGUACCAUGCAACCAAGUGAACAACUGUGACCGAAAUGCCGAGUGUAUGUACGACCCGGACCAGAUGUCCUACAAGUGUGUAUGUGCCCGCGGGUUCGAAGGGAACGGGAUCGAGUGCAGGAGGAAGCAAGUGAACGACUGUCGUCGAACCCCAAGCAUGUGCGGAGAGAACGCCGAAUGCGUCCAAGGAACAGAAGAGGCCUAUGUCUGUGUCUGCAGUCCUGGCUUCAGAGGAGACGGUGGCACUUGCAGUCCUGUUGUGCGUGAGGGCAACUUCCUCAUCUACGCACAAGGCAGCAAAAUCAUGCGUGUUACCUCGGAAGCUCGGAGAGGAGACUAUGGCCAACAACUCGUGUAUAUCCCAGGCCAGCUGGCAGUGGGCGUGGCCACAGACUGUCUGAAUGCUGACCUCUACUGGACUGACGCUGCACGGGGAGCCAUCCUGAGGUCAAGGAUGGACGGAACAAACGUGCAAACCAUCAUCACAGGCCUGAAAUCUCCUGAGGGUAUUGCCGUGGACCACUCCGGCCGCAACCUGUUCUUCACCGACUCUGAACUGGACACACUGCAAGUGUCUCGACUGGACGGAAGCGAUAUUCGUACUCUGGUCGGCACCGACAUGAUCAACCCCAGGGCUAUCGUGCUGGACGUCAGACGAGGAGUCAUCUACUGGACAGACUGGAACCGAAACCGUCCACAGAUCGAGCGCAUCAACAUGGAUGGAACAGAACGUACUGUUCUGGUCACCGACGGUCUCCGACUACCCAACGGUCUUGCCUUCGAUUCCUUCUCACAGACUCUCUGCUGGGGAGAUGCUGGAACCAAGAGCAUUGAGUGCAUCAGGUCUGACGGAGUUGGCAGGAGACGAGUCUACGACCAGGCUAGCUACCCCUUCGACAUCACAGUACUCAACAACGUUGUCUUCUGGACCGAUUGGGAAAGAAUCGAACUCGUGUAGCCUGAACAACGGUGGCUGCAAGUUCUUGUGCUUACCUUCACCCAAUGGAGGUCGUACCUGCGCAUGCCCAGACGGUGUUGAUCCCCGGAUAUGCCAGAACUAGAAGCUUCCGGGCUUCGGUGUGCAGCUGAUUGAUAAUAUGCUCAUUCAUUAUUAAUGUUAUUAUUUUUUCUGUUUCAGGAACUGUUAUAUUGUUUGGUGAACUCAGAUCUUGACUAUGUCUACCACAUCAGUAUUUAGAGCUAGGUACUCUUGUAAAAUAUUAACGCCAUCAUAUUUUAAGUCAAAUGUGAAGCUUCAGAUUAAUAGUGGCUCAUCUGUGACAGAACGUACCUAAAGGAAUUUUAGAGAGCUUUCUAGUCUAUUUAUGUUCGGUGUAAAGUUGUCUUUUCCCUCACAUGCUAGCUGGCGAGAGUAAGAGUUAGCACUGUACAUUACGAGCUCUGUCAAAGUUUUCAUGAGGAAUAAAAGGUCGUUUCCGACAUUAAAUUCUCGGAAAUGAACAACUCAUCCUUCAGUUGGUAAGCUCAACUGAAUAUAGUGUAAAUAUCGAUAUAGCUAAUAAAGAACAAUUGUUCGUUCUGGGAGUCCUUCAGACACCUCAACGUGUUCAUAACCGAUAUUUGCAAUAAAUCAAAUUCUGUUCGCUUUUCCUCCGCCUUUUCUGGACACAUGCUUUUAAAAAAGUAAAGACCGUAUCUGCACACAGUGAAAGAAAAUGGUUUCAUCAUUUAGAUAUAUACAUACACGUACUCGUCGACAGGUGAAUGUUCACCCAAAAACACACACACACACACACACACACACACACACACACACACACACACACACAUACACACACACACAAUUGAAUCUGAGACAAUUUUAAAUCGUUAGUGAUAGUAGCUCUUAGUCUGAAAAUAUCCACAGAGAAAAUCACCUAGAUUUGAAAUCCCAGUGAUACAUAAUACUCAGUAUAUUAUCUAGAUUAACCGCUGAGGGUGCAGGAGAUCACCAUGGUACUCAAAAUAUCCACUAUAACUCUCAUUGCCAAUUAUACAUCUACGAAAGCCCACUUCAAUUCUGAUUAUGUUGAAAACGAAUCGAAUGACAAUCAUAAUAAAUCGAAAUAAGUUCCUUCACUGUUACGACUAUAGUCAUUAUCGUGAAUGCAUAUAAAUAUCUACAAUGUAUACUUGCAAAGUUGUCUUGCCGUUUUCGUUGUUCAGACAACGAGACAACGCUUACUUGUAACGGCGUUAUUUAUACUACGUACGCUGCAGCAAUAAUCGUCAAUGUGUCUUAACUUGGCUUUCAGUAUUGUAUUGUUUGUAUGGCCGUGCUUUUCUUUUUCCGUUCUUGUGAAAACUAGUAGUUUUCGUUUUACGUUGGGUGUGACUUUUGUAAAUUCAGAAUGUUGGCACACAGCUUCUGUCUAACGUAAUGUUCAAUAAACGAUUGAUACACAAACAAACAAAA